AUGUAUGUAUUAUUUGUAAUUUUAAUCGCAAAAAGUUUAGCUGGAGAAAUUGUUUAUGCUAAUAAGGAACGUGGAUGGGAAUUAAACGAUUCUGCAUUAAUUGAUUAUUAUGAUUAUGAAAUUAAUGGAACAUAUUGGCUUGGAGGAGAGGUACAACGUUUUGAUACUCUUAAAUUUAAUGGAUAUGCUAACACAGUAGAGUUAGACCAAUUGUGUUGGACUGUAUUUUGGACAUCAGAAGACUCUAGGUUGAAAUUUAAAGUGAGAAUGUACCCACAUGAAUUUAGGGAUGAUGAGUCACCAGAUACAGGACUUGUUGUUAAUGGUGUAACUAAUAACACAGAGACAUGUGUUAAUAUUAGAAAUAACGCCUUUGACCCACGAUGUGGUUCUGUUAUUAAAUAUGUUUCUAUUCAAAUCUAUCAAACAUUAUCCAAUGAUAAGUCAUUUGUUUAUUUCAAUGACAUCAAAUUCAGUAGAAAAAGAUUAGAGAUAGACUCUAAUUCAACUGAUGAUUCUAGUAGUCAAGUGGUUGAUGGUUCUAUUUCCAUCUAUAUUGCUGUCUUUUGUCUCUUAAUGUUUGUUUUAAUUUAA